AUGGCAGCUUCUAUCGCCCCCGAGUGUAACGAUAUCAAAGAGAAAUAUGACACAUGCUUUCUCAAGUGGUAUAGCGAGAAAUAUCUCCGUGGCAACACCUCAUCCAAUGAUUGCGAAGAACUCUUCAAGAAGUAUAAAGGGUGCUUGAACAAAGUCCUCAAGGAAAGAGGCAUCGACACCAUGGUCGAGGAUGCUCGAAAGAGCGGCAGCAGCGAGACAGACGCAGAGUUUCUCAAGAAAUCUUGA